AUGGAUUGGAACAUUGUGGCACCACCAUUCAAUGGAGAAUGGUCUCUAGAUUGUCCCCCGGAUACCAACUCCAACUCGGUGGGACCAACCAGUGAAAAUGGCACGAGAAAACAACCCCGGGUUGCUUUGGCCUGCAAGCGUUGCAAGCGGAGGAAACAGAGGUGUGAUGGCGUUCAUCCAGUGUGCAGGUCAUGUGAAAAGGCAAAAGUGCCUUGUAUAUAUGAACGUCCCGUGCGACCUCAGUAUCCAGGGGGAAAGUCACUCUACAUUGCGGCACUUGAAGAACGCAUUGCAUUUCUCGAAUCCCGCCUGCCCGGUUUCGCUGAAGACCACUUUGUCGCUGCUCCACCAGCACCAGCCUCCCAGGCGGAUCAAAUCCCGCCACCUCAUGCGGGCUCGACGAUCAACCCGAUAACCGUGCCGGAUCGCGGCGCCGAGGAUGGCCACCAUGAAACCGCCCCUGGAUCUCCAGCGUUUCGGCGCAGGAGCCGGCAGGACCCACUCAUCGGCUCCUUUUCGGAUGCCGAGUCCUCUUCGCUGGUAGAUGGGGUGGCAUAUCUUUCACUCCGGGCUUCCGGGACUGGCGAUGCCGACACGGAGCCGUGCUAUCUGGGCUCCACUUCGGGCGCCACCAUCGCACGGAUGCUGCAGGCGUCCAUCUUUGACAGCUCCAGGGGCAGGCAGGCCAUAUUUGGCACGGGCGAGUACCCGGUUGCUGCAGACUAUGAUCAGACCCCUGUCAUGCCAAGCCCCACGAGCCCAACGUCAGUGGCCAUCGGGACGGCAGCAGCUUUUCCCAGUCGUGAGGCGGCAAGGAUGUUGUUUGAUGUCUUUUUCGACAGGCUUCAUACUCACUGGCCGAUCCUUGACCGGAGACUAUACACUCAGCUUUUUGAGAAACAGUUUGAGCAAGGGGAGCUUUCGAUCCAGCAGCGUGGCGUCCUGCAUCUGAUCUAUGCCAUCUCGUCACGUUUCCUCCAACUUACCAACAAGCCAAGCGGCGUCCAUCCAGAGACGCACCUCAAGGCUGCCAUCCAACAUAUGGACUACAUCUUGGAGCAGCACAACCUCGGAACGGUGCAAUUCCUCCUGCUGCUUGCUCUGCACGGCCAGAGAUCACCAUACGGGGCCGGAUCCUGGUCGCAAGUCCGGCACGCGGUAACCCUUUGCAUCGAGUUGGGGUUCCACCGUCGCAGACGGACCGCCCCGUCUCCCAACAGCAGUCCCAGGGCCGUCGAGAUGCGGUGCCGCGUGUUUUGGGCCGCUUAUUGCCUAGAUAGGCUGACCAGCGGCGUUCUCGGUCGCCCGUUUGCCAUUGACGAUAGAGAGAUCGACGCCGAGCUCCCGAGCCCAGACCCAGACCUUCGCGACCUGACCGCCACGCCGUCAGAUUCCCCCCUGACGUGGUCCAACGUACUGCCCUUUAUCCACAUUGUCAAGCUACACCGCAUCCAAUCCCGCAUCCACAGCCGCAUUUACCGUGUCAACCGACAAGAAGUCCAAACCCCAGCGGAUCUGGACGCCGAAAUAAGCUCACUGCAAGGAGAACUGGACGAGUGGAGAGUCAGCGUACCUCACCCACCGCCGAAGCGGAGCACGGGAGACGGCGGCCCCCCUAUGUCGCCAGGGUGGAUGUACGACCCGGAGAGCCAGCACCACGACAGCCGGGACUUCUUCGAGCUGCAGUACCACAAGUCCGUACUGCUGCUACUCACAGCGCUCCUGCCGACGCUAGACCCGCACGGCGACGCACGCUUCCGGGCUGUGGCGCAGUCGGCCGCCAGCGUGUGCGCAGCUUACCGCCGGCUCGAGAGGCAGCGCACGCUCAGCUACACCAUGCUGGCGCUGCACUCGUGCUUCGUGGCUGGGCUGACGCUGGUGUACUGCGUCUGGCGCGGCGGGCGGCGGCUGCUCGGGUACGAGGCGCUCGAGGCCACGCGCGCUUGCUCCCAGAGCCUGGCGAUAUUCGGGGAAAAGUGGCCCGGUGCCGUCAAAUACAGGGAUGUUUUUGAUGCGCUGUCGGGGAGCUUGUUGCGGGUCAUGAUGACGGACGAUGGAGGUUUUGGCGGUGGUGGUGGUGGUGGUGGUGGUGGGGCAGAAAGGCUUCGGUUGGACUCGAGGGAUCUGUGCUUGCCAGAGGAUGAGGUGGUUGUGGGUAUGGAUAGUGUGCUGUCGGAUGCGGUGCGAAAUGCGUUUAUGGAGGUUGACGAAGAGGCACCGGGAGGGGCAGAGGUGUGGCAGAUGUUUAAUGAAAUGGUUCAGGGGGACUAA